UACUUUGUUAUUCUUGUUUUGAUUUUCUUCAUGUUUAAUAGCUAUUUUUUUCUUUAAUUAUAGAUAACUAUUAUAGUAUUGUUUUUUAUAUGUCCACGACAAACCAAAUUACAUUGGUCAUAAGCAAUGGAGAGAACUUUAAAGGAUAAUAUUGACAAUUCUUCAAGUCGACAAAGUAAUGGAUCAUCACAAUCUCGCAUUUCUCGUAAAAACCAACUACAAUUGGAAUCUAAAUACAAGCUGAUGAAUGACGAGAUACGACGACUAAAAGAAUCUGGAAUAAAUUCAAAGGAAGUGACAGAGAAAUCAAAAUUACUUAAAAAGAAACUAAAGCUAGCCAAUGAACUCUCAAAGACCGCUUUUGAUUCCGGAUCUCAAAGAUGUAUUGAAUAUGAUGCUGAAUACUUUUUUAAUGGAUCUGAAGUUAAUCAUCUUGUUGUUAAAUCACUUCAAGUUGACAGUCAAGCCUUUGAUCCUUUGUUUUUUGCUGAAAAACUAAGGACUUAUAUUGCACCAGAUACAAGAAUAAGAGAUGAUACAAUUGACGAAAAUGAACUUAAAAUUGAAGACUUUGUUGAUCUUGGAAAGAAAUGUGCUUAUUUAACCAACUCUGCGCCAAUACUCAAUUAUUUAUAUGGAUCAUUUGACCCAGGUGAAGUUAUUAUACCAACUAAACAAAGACGAGUUGGUAUCCAAGGAGUACUUGCUGCUAAAGAAUCAAAAAUUUCUGAUGACCAAUAUGCUGCCUUUAUUGAACCACAAGAUCCAGAAGAAAUUGCAAAAUGCCAAGAAAAAAAGAGAAAGAGUAAAAGUAGAAAUAAUAAUGAACAUAGUGAUUCAGAAGAAAAUUCAGAAGAUGAAGAUGCAGAUGAAGAUGAAGAAGACGAAGAAUCAUCAUCUAGUCAUCAAAGUAUUUUAUCUUUCUGCAUGAAUGAUUGGAAAGCUUGGACUAUCAAUUGA